CCGUAGUUGUUUAGCGCGCAGUUUGAGAGACAGCGUCGCAUUCACGGGCUGUCAUUUGUUUCGGGAGUUACCUGCGAAUAUCUGUAAAGUGUGAAAUUACAGUAUUUCCAAAGUCAAGUCACGCGUCGGUUUGGGGGGCGGGGGUCAAAGAGUCUCAUCGGAGACCCAUCCAUGCGCUGGUAAGGAUGCUAGCGGACUAGUUUAGAGCCGAAAAGCGGCGACGGCGACAUAACAAGAGCAAACAUGAGAAGAAGUUUGGCUCCCAGUCAGGUCGCUAAACGGAAGCAAGCCGACGAUGAGGAGGACGAAGAGUGGACGUGUGCGGCGGGGAGAAAAAGAAGUAAAAGGGCCGAAGCGCAGAUACGACCGAGUCCCAUGUCGACAUUCAGGAGGCCGCUGACGCAGCUCAACGCUCGUCCCGUGUGCCCCGACGGCAGCAAACAUGAGGAAUUUAUUCGUCGGAUCCUCUCCAAGCCGUUUAAAGUUCCCAUCCCGAAUUACACAGGUGAGGUUUUGACCGCCGCAACUUUGCAGGACAAAAUUCCCAGGCGAGCCCUUCACGACCCGUUUGCCGCCGACGCCCUGGUUCUGUUUGAGCCCGCGACGCUGAGCGCCCACGAGCAGCUCAAAACGGACAAGGACAAAAUUCCCGUCCACGUGGUAGUGGAUCCCGUCUUGGGGAAGGUGCUCAGACCUCACCAGAGAGAGGGCGUCAAGUUCCUGUGGGACUGCGUGACGGGGCGACGCAUCCCGGGCUCCUUCGGCUGCAUCAUGGCCGACGAGAUGGGCCUGGGCAAGACCCUCCAGUGCAUCGCGCUGGUGUGGACGCUGCUGCGCCAGAGCGCCGACGCUAAGCCCGAGAUCGACAAGGCCAUCGUGGUGUCGCCCUCCAGUCUGGUGCGCAACUGGUACAACGAGGUGGCCAAGUGGCUGGGAGCGCGAGUCACCCCCGUGGCCAUCGACGGAGGCUCCAAGAGUGACAUCGACCGGCAGCUCGUCAACUUCAUCUCCCAGCGUGGGCUGCGCGCGCCGACGCCCAUCCUCAUCAUCUCCUACGAGACGUUCCGACUGCACGCCGAGGUUCUGCACAAAGGCCAAGUGGGGCUCAUCAUCUGCGACGAGGGCCAUCGGCUCAAGAACUCCGACAACCAGACGUACCAGGCUCUGAAUGCCAUGCGCGCCCAGAGGAGGGUGCUGAUAUCGGGCACGCCCAUCCAGAACGACCUGCUGGAGUACUUCAGCCUGGUGCACUUUGUCAACGCCGGCAUCCUGGGGACGGCUCAGGAGUUCAAGAAGCGAUUCGAGCUGCCCAUCCUGAAGGGUCGCGACGCAGACGCCAGCGAUAACGAACGACAGGCGGGAGAGGACAAACUCAAGGAGCUCAUCGGCAUCGUCAACAGGUGUUUAAUCAGGCGAACGUCCGACAUCCUGUCCAAGUAUCUGCCUGUGAAGAUCGAGCAGGUGGUCUGCUGCAAGCUAACGCCGCUGCAGACGGCGCUCUACAAGCGCUUCCUGACGCAGGCCAAGCCGGUGGAGGCACUGCAGGCGGGCAACAUCAGCGUCUCCUCCCUGUCGUCCAUCACUUCGCUCAAGAAACUGUGCAAUCACCCAGCGCUCAUCCAUGAGAAAUGCAUGCAGGGCGAGGAAGGUUUCCAAGGCACUUUGGAUCUUUUCCCCAAUGGCUACUCCGUUAAAAAUGUGGAGCCGCAACUGUCAGGCAAAAUGUUGGUCCUGGACUUGAUCUUGGCCAUGACGAGGUCCAGCACCAGCGACAAGGUGGUGCUGGUCUCCAACUACACGCAAACGUUGGAUAUCUUUGAGAAGCUGUGCCACUGCAGAAGGUACCCUUACGUCCGCCUGGACGGCACCAUGUCCAUCAAGAAGAGGGCCAAGAUUGUGGAGAGAUUCAACAGUCCGGAGAACCCCGAGUUCAUCUUCAUGCUGAGCAGCAAGGCGGGCGGCUGCGGCCUGAACCUGAUCGGCGCCAACCGCCUGGUGAUGUUCGACCCCGACUGGAACCCGGCCAACGACGAGCAGGCCAUGGCUCGGGUGUGGCGGGAUGGCCAGAAGAAGACGUGCUACAUCUACAGGCUGCUGUCGACGGGCACCAUUGAGGAGAAGAUCCUGCAGAGGCAGGCGCACAAGAAGGCGCUGAGCAGCUGCGUGGUGGACGAGGAGCAGGACGUGGAGCGACACUUCUCGCUCGGGGAGCUCCGCGAGCUCUUUGCGCUUAACGGCGAGACGGCCAGCGACACGCACGACAAGUUCCGCUGCCGGCGCUGCGUCAACGGCAUCCAAGCGCGGCCGCCGGCGCCCGAGUCGGACUGCACUAGCGACCUGUCCCAAUGGCACCACUGCUGGGACAAGAAGGGCCUGAGGGACCAAGUGCUGAAGGCCUGCUGGGACGCCGCUGCCGUCUCCUUUGUCUUCCACCAGCGUUCCCACGAGGACCAGAGGGGCAUUGUUUGACACAUAUUUAUUUCUGCUUGUCAGUUUUUUUGUGUUUGUUUGUUUGUUUUAAUCCAAAAAAUAAAGUCCAUUUUUCUUCCCACA